AUGAAGCGCAUGGGCGAGCUCUCGGUGCAAGCGUUGCCGGUGGUGAAGAUGCACCCGAGUAACCAACUUUACGAGCCGCAAAAUUUCCUCGCCGCUGGCGAUCUGGUGGACGCGUUGGUCGCGAAAGUAGACGCGAGUCCUUAUUUUGACGUGCAAGGCGCAGAUCAAUCGAGACGGUGCGCGGCGUUGGCAAGAUUGGGGAGAGAAUUCGCGCAAUCGAGGUUGGAAACUAUUCCCAGCCGGUUCGACGGGACGGUGAUCUUUGAGAACCAGUGCGACAAGAACUUGGCGCAGACAAUCAACGACUGCUUUUUGAUUUCGCCGAAAGCGAAACCGGGAGACGGGGAGUUGUUGCAAGCCGUCCACAGAUUCGCCGUGCAAACGACAGAUACGAAUAAGAUUACGGAAAUUGUCUGUCAGUCGGAUCUGGUGAUGUAUUUGCACACGAACAGGAGCUUGAUUUACCCCGAGUUCAUGGGCGCGUCUCUCGCCGAUCUCGGUUUGGGGAGAUCGGCGUUGUCGAGACGCGUGGAGGGAGGAGGCGUCACCGAAGCGAACGUUUCGGACCAAAAGCCAGUCUCCACGUACGGUAUCGUAUCAGUCACGCCUUCGACGUCGUGCAUUGAUGCAUUCCGGGUUAUGCGUAACAAUUCGGUCUCAGCCGUGGCCAUCGUGAGUGAAAAAGACGGAAAGCUUCUCGGUGCCUUUUCGGAGACUGAUAUCUCCUACUUUGCCGAUCCAGAUUUUGCCAUGGCGCUCGGUUUAUCGGUUUCCCAAUUUCUCUUCCUUCGUCACAACGCGUUACCAAAGAUAACCCACGGCGUGUUUGCCGGCGCAGACGCGUUCGACGCCGCUCUUCAAAAUCCUCUCUACGAUGCAUGGAGAGUCUAUUGCAAACUCGAAGACAAACUCGAAGACGUUUUGGAGCUUAUGAGCACGGGCGCGGUGCACAGAAUCUGGGUCGUCGACGACGAUAGAAAACCCAUCGGAUGCGUCAGUCUCGUGGACAUUCUCGCGUUGUUCCAACACUGGGAGUCUCCGGAACAACGCGAACUCGGUUCAAAGAAGAAGAAAGAGGAAGAGUUGACGCCGCAGUUUGAAAAGACGACGGAGAGCGAGUUGAAAGAACGCGUGGUCGCGACCGCACCCGCGGGGCAAGCGGAUGAGCAAAUGCAAGAGUAA